AGUUUCCAGGGCACCCCCUGCAGGUAAAGAGCUUCGGUUUGAAGGCUGUGUUCCUAGCACCUAGUUGUCUGUGCUAAAAGGGUUUGCAGGAUGGCUGCCAGCCAAUGCUCAUGGGCUUGGCCAAGGGCAGAGAAGAGGAGAAAUGAAGAGAUUAAUUCAGCAAAUACUGCUGUUCCACACUAAAUACAGGGCCAAAGAGAGGCCUGGGCUGCCAUGGCCACAUUUCUGUAUCAGCUCCGCUGAGGGCCAGUUGAGGCAUCACGCUGCUGUGGAGGCUCCCUUGGCCAGGACAAAAGGGCAGCCAGCUGGUGGCACUGUGCAGACCUGCAGAGUGCCAGAUGCCUUGGCCACAAGCGGGUGACAGGAGCGGUUCCUACAUGAACCAUCAUCCAGAGACUCUGGCCUGCAUGGAUCACAGCUUUUCUGCCUCAGAAAUAGGGGGGUAUAGCCCACACCCUCCUGAUGAGCCAGUUGGUGACAACAGUGCAGUGGGCUCUGUGUUGGCACGUCCUUGUAAUGUGGCAGUGUAAAAAAGCCGUGAGUGAAGAACUGUGCUCCCUUCAUUUGGGUAUUGCAGGGGGUCACUCCUGGGGACAUGGAGGCACUGAGAUGAAAUGAAGGGAUUUGCUUUUGAAGGGGUAGCAAGGGAGGAACAUGUUGGUGGUGAGGGACAUAGAAAGGGAAACAGCCCUGGAGCUGUGGCUGCACGGGAGGGAUGUGCACCAGUGCAGGGAGAACAGAACAGUGAGCAGAACCUGGGCAGGACCACACAGCCCAGGACCAGAAGCUGAUGUAGCAGGAGGGGGUAGGCAGCAGCACCUGGGUGGGGGUCUGUUCCUUGCCAGCCCAGCUGUUGUCCCGGGGCCUCCUUUGUGACCUCGGUGCAGAGCCAGAGUCAGGGUGCAGCAUGCAGUGGUGGCUGCUGCUGCUCGCCCUGCUGCUGGGGGCUGCCCUCCCACGGCCCUUGGAUGAGAGGGCCAGCUACUCAGUCCCUGAGGACUUCUCUGCUCUCCUGGAGCUUCCACAGCAGCACUUUGGCUUGGUGGAUGAUUACGGCAUCAAGCCCAAGCAGCCGCGUCUCAGGACCCGGGUGGGACGGAAGCGGCCGGAGUGGCUGCAAAGAGCUGGCAAAAGCAAGAGAGAUGAGCUCAACCUGCAGGAGUACUAUGAUGAUGCCCAUAUGUGAACCAGUGUGCCCACCACAGCCUGGCCCCAGGGACCCCUCGCUGCAGGACAGCGUAGGUGUGGGGUGUAGGGUAAGGGUAAACCCUGCUUUGGGAGGGGACUGGAGCAGGUCACCUCCAGCCAUCCCUUCUGAUCAUCACACAGUGAUUUCUGGACUUCAGGCAACUAGGGCUCUCAGCCCAAAUCUGAGAAGCUCUAUAGCUAGCUCCUCUUGAGGUCCCAGGAGAAGGAAGCCAGGACCCAAACCUACUGCAGUGGGACACAAACAGCACAGCAGCCCUGCUCCAUGAACCAUCAUAUUUAAUAGUUGUUGCCAUCACAGCAGAUCCAGCUGAAGCACAGAGCUCUCUGGCUGCAGGGACCGGGAGAGCUCUUCUACCUCCCCAGUGCUUUGCUCAGCUCCCUACAGGCUAUAGCCCUUCCCUGCCCCAUGUCUGGUAGGCACCCAGCUCUGCCACUGCCUCUGCUACCUGCAGCCAGGGGGAGAGGAGAAAGGGGCAGAGAAAGGCUCCCCUCCUGAGGGUGUAGUUACUGCAGGGAGCUAUAGAGGGGCAUUUCUCUCUCCCCCUGGGCAUGGAUACAAGAAAAGAGGGAUGGGGGCAGAGGCAGGGGUGAGCUGUCUCAGCUCAUUCUGGUGCUGUUUCUGGCAGACGGGAUAGUGGGGCUUCCUCUGUCAUUCCUGCCCAGCAGCCUUUAUAUCCCCAGGGCAUGGCAGGGAGGUGAUGCCUGCCCAAGGCAAGCCCAUCCCCCUGGCAGAAGCCAGCAUUAUGGGUUUUGUUUGCUGUAGCUGCUGUGUCUUCAUAUUGCAGGAAUCUGACUCUGCAUUAAAAGUCACCCCAGAGGGAUGUGACGGGAAGCUGGGCCAUGGUCACAAGGAGGAGAUGCUGUCACCCCAGCCUGCAGCAGGAAAGGGCCUGAGCACGCUCCGGCGCUCACAGGCAGGGCCCCCAGCAGGUACUUCUCCAAUAAAAUAAACUAAGAGUAUUUUGUACAAUAAA